UGUAAUGUUGUAUUGGGCGACCGCAAAAGCACAGCAUGUCGUAUUAACUGCGUUGCUUCGCACUCAGUGAUAAGGAAAUACUUAAGGCUUUCGACAAGACAGUCAAACUUACACACCUUUCGUAAAGGAGUAGUGUUGUGGAAUGUUUGAACGGGACAAUCAAUUAAAGUAAAACGUUUCGUUAAACGUUUUUAUGUCGUUAAAGUUACCAGUUGUUACACUUUUUUCUGAUAAGAACCAUUGUAGCAAAUAGCGUAGUUAGCCAGGUUUAGAAGCAACACUUUUCGCGAGUAAAUAGAGAAACCCAUUGCUAUGUUUGAGCAGCCUAGAUUCAAGGAAAUGAGACAACAAUCCAUUCUAUUGUACAGUUCACAGAAAUUGCGGCGAGCCACAGAGAUAGGUUAUUUAACGCAUGCACGUAUAGGUAUUUUGUGCUGUAGACUAAUGUCAGUGUUUAAACGACUCUAGUAUAUGCUUGUUGUAUGUACAGACUCGCUCUAACUUACAUCUUCCCCCGGGCUUUAUUUGCUUAAUCAAGCAAUGUCAUUGUUUUCUUGAUACCAGGCGAUAAGAUUUGAGACAGAACAAUGAAUUGAACUGCGAUCCAGGUCUCGGAAGGUUGGAAAGGGACCAAGUUCCCAUAGACUUAUAACAGCAGCAAUCCAAACUUGAGAAAAAAGCUUCGUUCGAAGAGUAAUUAUAGAGUCUAUGAUUCCAUUACGUGUGUCAGACAUUAGAAUGGGCAGCCACCGACGAUUGGUGAGCAGAAGAGCUUUAAUUGGACUCGGUAUUGGAAUUCUGUUAGGUUUUAACAUCGCAUCGUACAUCGCGAUACCGACGCCAAACAGGACUGAUAUCGAAAUUGCUGUAAUAGCUCGUAAUGGAGCGGAAGGGCUGGAAGGAAUGGCUGGUGGACUGACUGAGUUUCGCGUUGGUGCAGCUAGAAUACGAAGGCAAAAGGGUGUGGGUUCGUUACAUAUAGGAAAGGGAUGCAAACAUGAAGUAAUUGCGUAUGAAUCUGCUGAUGUUAAACCACUUUCACAAAAACGUAUGCAAAGAAGAAACGAAAGAAUGCAAGCAAAUCAAAAUAGUAAAAGUUUAAAAGAAGGAGGCGCAUUACCCGAUGGUUUCGAUUUAGAACAAGAGAGACUGAAACGCCAAAAAGAAUUAGAAGUUUUUUAUGAAAGUGACAUCGAAAACGAUGAUGGGGAUGCGAAGAAUGGUGGAGGAUUCGAAGAGUUUCAACUUCCGCGGAACUUUGAGAAAUACGUAGAUUACGAAAGUGACGUCAACGCCCAGAAUAGCGAUUCAAUUGAUGGCGAACAUAAUGGGGACGUUCGUGACAGUGAUCAAAUGCUCGCUGAUGAGGUGCAUCGAAAAUUGCAUAAACCGUUAACAGACCGGAAUCACUUUUUAUACAUCGGCGUCCUUACGGCACAGAAGUAUCUUGCGACUAGAGGUCGCGCUAUCCACCACACUUGGGAACCUCACGUCCCUGGAAAGGUUGAGUUCUACGUUGGCGAAGGCGUAGAGGAAAUUAAUGCUGAAAAGAAAGACCCUCUACCCUUAGUCAAUCUACAGUCUGUUCAAGAUGACGUUUACCCGCCACAAAAGAAGUCAUUCUUACUGCUGAAGCGAAUGUACGACUCCUACCUUAACUCUGGAUAUCAGUGGUUCAUGCGUGCUGAUGAUGAUGUGUAUAUCAACACGCAUAAACUUGAGUUAUUUCUUCGCCGAUUGAACAGUUCCGAGCCGAUAUAUCUUGGACAGACUGGUCUCGGGAAUGCUGAGGAAAGGGGACGAUUGAGUUUACUGCACGGAGAGAACUACUGUAUGGGUGGACCUGGUAUGAUAUUCAGUCGUGAAGUCCUCCGUAGGAUAGGUCCUCACAUCCGGGAGUGCGUACACCAUCUUUAUUCGUGGCAUGAAGAUGUGGAAAUCAGUCGCUGUGUUCGGAAGUUCGCCGGGGUGAAUUGUGCCUGGUCGUAUCAGAUGCAGGAAUUGUUCUAUGAGCAUUAUACACUUCGCAAAGGAUACAUUGACCCCUACGAGGAACCAAACAACCCGAAAUUUCGAACCGCAAUGACGCUUCACCCUAACAAAAAUCCCGCCUACCAAGUCAAACUACAUCAAUUCAUGCGCUCACAGCGUCUCAAACAACGUAUGAUGGAUAUUAAACGACUAUCAAGGGACGUAGUUAACAUGGAUGGAUACCUUGGUAGUGGUUCGGAUAUUGAAGACUUUAUGUUGGGAUCCCCCCUCACAUUAAACCGUUUUAUGCCACGUCAACAUUCAGAGGUUUUACAUUGGAAUUUCAUCACUGACCACUUACUUUAUUCCACGCCACCCCACCAACCCAGACGCUCAACUCCAAACGAUUGGCAAAUGACUAUAAGGAGCAUAGUAAUGCAGGUAAUGGCAAUGAUGAAUUCUAAUUCUCGUGUCCGUGGUCGAGUGAUUGACUUCAAACAAGUUGGUUAUGGAUACCGCAGAGUUAACCCCCUCUAUGGAGCUGAAUAUGUGCUUGAUCUCCUGCUUAUCUAUAAGCGGUAUAAAGGCAAGAAAAUGACCAUCCCUGUACGUCGUCAUGCUUAUCUUCAACAAAGCUUUGGCCGUACGGACAUGUAUGAGAACAGCCCUAUCGAUAAAGAUGAAAUUAAACGCAUUUUGAGAGGCUCAAGUGCGAACAUGCUUCUCUCCUUCAUGAACUCUUUGGUAAACAAAUCUAAAACUAUUUUAUCAGUUAUGGGACUUGCUGGUGGAAGGAGUCCGGUCGCAGAAUCGAGCAAACCGAUUGACAUUGAUAAAGAGUCAAUACAACGUAAAGAAUCGAAAGUCCAGUAUGAUACCGGUUCCUUUAGAGUAUUUCCACAAGAUGCAAAAAGUCAAGCAAAUGUGGAGACUGUUAAUAUAAUAGUUCCGUUAUCUGGACGAUACGACACAUUUCGUUCUUUUAUGUCAAACUUGGAGAAUGUCAGUUUAUCAAGAGGCGACCCAAUUAGUCUCAUGGCCGUUGUGUUUAUCGGCGUGGAUUCGGAAUAUAAAGAAGAAGGGAUAAAAACACGUGAUUUGCUGGACAGCUAUUCAAAGCGUUACCCACUAUACGACAUGCGACAAAUACCAAUAAACGCCAAGUUUUCAAGAGGACUGGCGCUUGAAAUCGGAGCUUCGCAUUUCUCAAACGACUCAUUGUUAUUCUUUUGUGACGUAGACGUUGUGUUCGACAACGAGUUUACUAGGAAAUGCAGAUCAAACACAGAUUUGGGAAAAAGAGUUUUUUAUCCCGUGUUGUUCAGUGAGUUCCAUCCCCGUUUUAACGGAGCUGAUACGUCAUGGAAAUUUACCUCGGAUGAUAUAGACGCACGGAACGUAGUAAAACCACGUGAAAAUCACUACGAGUUAACGGAAAACACUGGCCACUGGAGAAGUUAUGGGUAUGGUUUGCUCUGUGUGUAUCAGAAGGAUUUUACGGAAACCGGUGGCUUCGACAUGACCAUACAAGGGUGGGGUCUUGAAGAUGUGGAUUUGAUUGACAAAUUUCUUGGCUCGAAACACAAAAAGAAAGCGGACGCAUUGACUAAAGAUGAAGCAGCUGCCAAGACAAAGAAUAUGGAGAUUAUGCGUGUUUCAGAACCGUCGUUGGUUCAUGUUUAUCAUCCUUCUCACUGCGAUCCAAAUUUGAUGGAGAAUCAGUUACGUAUGUGUCAAGCAUCCAGGGCAUCUGGUAUUACAUCUACUUAUAAUUUAAACAGAAUGUGGCAACUGCUUGGUUUGAAUAGAACCGCUUCUGCUGUGGCCGAUCCUGUCAGUGGGAUAGUUCCUGUGCUACCGCAUGAUGUCGCGAAAGAGCAACUAAGAGAGAGAGGGAUUGAGAACUUUUCCGAUAGACGGGAGAGGGCGCUAGAGAUCGAAAGAAGAACGUUGAAAUUGAAACAGAAUAGAAAAUUUAAUCGAAACGGGAUACGCUGAUUUUUUAAUUAUCAAAAACAAAUGCAAAUGUCGAGCUUCGAGCGGUGGUUAGGUGGCUACGAGUUCGAAAAGAUGAAGUCAUAUGUUUAACAUUAUCUAACUAAUUAGUUAAAUGUUUAAAAGGCAGAUCUUCGUUUAUAUGUAGCGAACAUAUGUGAGGCAUGCUGCGCUAAAAAAGACUUUUUACCCAAUUACCUCAUAUAACGUUUUGUUUCGUACAGUUUUUUAAAACUUUCAAAUUUGAACAAACCUUAUUUACACUGUGAUAAAAUGAAUACGAAUAAAUUAACCCACUUUCUCCUCA